GUAGUGUUAACAGCAAAUCCUACAUUUCCUAUGACUUUAAAGUUUCCAAUAACGUUCUACAAAUGAAUGUCACAAACAACAACUACGCCGAUCCAAACAACCUGACGUUUGAAGAAAUCAAAAUCCUGGGAUUGCUCCAGGAACCAGUGUCGGUUACUGUGUUGCGGAACAAUGCUGUGCAAAAUUCUUCUCAUAAUAUCACCUAUAAUCCUGUGGAUAAGGUUGCUCUCAUACGAGGACUCCAGCUCGAACUAGGAAAAUCGUACUCAUUAAGAUGGACGCUAGGAACCAGUGUCAAGGAAAAAUAUGAUUGUCAUCCUGGUCCGAACGCUUCCAAGGAAAAAUGUGAACAGUUUGGCUGUAUCUGGACUAUAUUUGGAAAUGGCUCUUCAGCACAUUCUGGUCAGGUUAUGAACUGGAUAUAUUUAAAACCCUUUCUUAAGUCAAAAGAGGCUUUGAAUUUGGUGACGAAAGAUGAAAAAAUACUCAUUAGGAAUAAAGAUGAGGAAGAUACCUCCAAUUUAGGUGUUCCGUACUGCUAUUACGACGGCCCUGACAACGCUUAUUCCGUUGCUGACGUAAAAUACACGUCAUCAGGUGUGACGGCCAAUCUCACCUUCAACAAGAGCAACCUCAAAGCCUACGAGAAAUCAACGUUACCCAUCAGUACCCUUCGCCUGGAGGUGAAAUAUCACAACAACCAUAUGCUGCAAUUUAAGAUUUAUGAUUAUGCAAACGAACGAUACGAGGUGCCAGUACCACUAAAUCUCCCCGAGUCCCCAGAGAGCACAGUUGAGAAUCGACUUUAUGAUGUAAAGGUUCAGAACACACCAUUUGGCAUCCAGGUUCGACGCAGAAGCACAGGGACAGUGAUCUGGGAUUCUCAGCUACCCACUUUCACCUUCAGCGACAUGUUCAUUCAGAUUUCUACCCGUUUGGCGUCCCAAUAUUUGUAUGGGUUUGGCGAAACCGAACAUACCAUGUUUCGACGUGACAUGAACUGGCACACCUGGGGAAUGUUCACCAGGGACCAGCCUCCUGGA